AUGUAUGAUAAUGACAAUAGAAAUGCUAAUGAACUUCUGAAGCAUAUUAGGCAACAUUCUUCACCCUUUGGUGAUGCAUCACAAAGGGUGGCACAUUACUUUGCUAAUGGCCUUGAGGCACGUCUUGUUGGCCAUGGAGCCGGGGCACAAACAUUCUAUUCCUCGCCGAGCACCAAGAGGAUCACUGCUGCUGAGUUUUUGAAAGCAUACCAAGCUCAUUUUAUUAGGCCCUCCAUUCAUAAAAUUUGCAUACUCAUUUGGUCUUGUGUUGAAUUUGGAUUAAUACAUGAUUAUAGACUAGUGUUAAAGAUCUUUUGUGAUGUAUUAUAUACAUUCUAUAGCAUCUGUUUUCCUCCGUUUUAA